AUGGCUGCCGUUGCUUCUACUACUCCUGCACAUCACGCUUCUGCAGGCCAACGCGCCGUCCCUCCAACCCAAUCCAGUGGCAUCGCACGUAUGUCUAGUCGCAAGCUCUUUGGCCGCUCGCGCAAGCAUGCCGCGUCUUCCUCGGAGCUCGGCUCGUCGACCGACUCGGCUGCGCCGCAAGACACAUUCAACGCUGCUUCUGCGCAGCGUUCUAAUGGCAGCGCCGAUAGCUAUGCCAACGACAAAGUGUUUGGCAGCCGCGACACGAACAUGUCCACCUCGGCACUGAGCACCACCAGCACCGCUUCUCGCACCUCGCGCUUCUUUCGCAAGUUCGGUCGUCAAAAGGCUCCACCAGUGCCUUCGCUGCCACCGGCGCUGGUGCUCGAUCUGGACGCAGGCACCGCAGUGCCUCGCUCUGCUCAGCCCAUGGUAACUGCCUCAUCGUUCAGUAGCGACGAGACAGUGCACAAGAUCUCACGCCAGAAGCAGCCGCCAUCUGCCGCAGCUGCCAUUAUCGCCGAGUCCAAUGCCGCCUACGCCGCUGCCGAGACGGUUCCAAAGCCACAGGGCUUGCAGCGCAAGAAGAUGCUCGAAGCUGUGGCAAAUGCCCGACUCGACGUGAGUCAGACACGGGACUUGAUCCGAAUGUGCGGCCUGCAGAUCCGCGAGCGAGGACUCGACACGUCGGGGCUCUUCCGACCUUUCCGCAUCGCCGAGUCGCAGGACCACGUAUAUCACAUGAUCCAGCUCUUUCUGCUUUCCAUCGACGUUUCGACCUACAUAGCAGUGUUUCCCAUCCUUCCUGAGGAUGCCCUUGAUCGCUUCGGUCGCAACUCUGCCAGUACCGGCAACCAACUUGCAAGCCAGCAAGCCAAGACUCAGGCCGCACGUGAAGAACUCGACAAGGAACUCCGAUAUGCAGCUCCACACGACGUUGUUUCGGUCAUGAAGUGGGGUUUGCGACACAUGCGUCUUCGCGCCACAGACUUUGCUUCGAAGGAUGCGCACGGCUGGUACGACGUGUUCGUAGCAGCCGAGCGAGAGUCGGGGUAUCACGCCAGAGCCAUUGCCGACCUCUUGCAUCCGACUCUGCCGCAAGCGACAGCCGAGCUGUUCAGCGAGGUGCUCGAUCUCAUGGCUUCCGUAGCUGCACACUCCAGCAGCAAUCAUAUGCCCGCGUCCGCAUUGUGCGAGCUGCUCGGCUUUUGGCUGUUUGGCAAAAUUGGGGUCGCUCAUCCACCUCCGACCGUGGACGAGCUCGUCGAGGCGAUCAAGAAGGCAACUGCGAUGGCCGAGCAUUUGCUACUGGCCCACAUCAGGUCGCAGGCUGCCGUCACUUUCUCCAUGCCGCUUAGGCUUACCGAGCUCGUGGAUCGAUACCCAUACAUAAGAGCAGGACAGGAAACACCUUGCCUCCCGCCGGCAUUCGCUUCGCGUCCGGUGACCACGCUGAGGAUCGAUCUGCGUUCCGAUAAUUUGGUAGUGUCGCAGGGGAAACCGCGUGGGCCUUCGGCGACGCUCGCCGCUGCACUCGGUGCGUCUGCGUCAGACCAUCUGAAAGGCGGACAAGGCGAAAUGUGGGCUGCUCUCAUGAGCCAGCUCGACCACACGGCGGAAGAGGGCGUUAAGGGAUACGAGCUGCUCAGCGACGAACACGUUCGCAUACUCCGACAAGUCGACCAGGAACUGGCUGGCGCCAGUGAAGAACAGCAGCUGGAGAACGGACCGCCGAAUUCAAACCCGCUGCUCAUGGCUGCCGCCUCGAAAGCCGCUGCUGCCCCGUCACUCGCAGAGCUCAAAAAGGGGCGUCGUCGUUCGCAAUCCCUCUCCGAUCUGCGAGGCGUUUCUUUCGCGACACCAAGACCGCUCGCUCCGCUCGACGAGAACAGCACCGGUAGCAACACCCCACGCGCCACCGCUUCGCCUGCACUCAAGAACGGUACACCGCGACGCAAACCAGUACCCCUCGCAACUUCUCACGUGCAAGACGCAUCCGAAGAAGUGGAGGUGGUCAACGAUACGCCGGAUGACUCUCAGCAAUUCCCUGCACCACCAGAUCGUCGACACGACGAUCUGUUUUCCGGUGGUCUGGAGCCGAGUGCGUCGUGGAGGAGUUUCUCGGAGGAAGGCUUCGGAGGAAUGAGCACUGCUUCUUCUGAACUUUCGUUGAGCGAGUUUCCUAUCGGGCAGGCUCAGACGUUGCCGAGCAGAAGAAGCAACAGGAGUCUGUACCGGGUGCGAUCGAGUGCUUCCAACGGAUCCAGGAGGAAGACACCGAAAAACACCUUCGUCGAUGGUGCAGAGAACGAUGCGAAGCAAGUGACGCACACGGUCACCUCUGCUUCGCUGGUGAAAGAUCUCGAUUCGACCUUUGCAGUUCUCUGGCAGGAUCAGUUGCUGGAUUCAUCGCCUUGUUGCAAGUUUCCGCAGAUGUUGUUUGUACAGUUGCGAGCGAAGGUGGAUGCGGAGUGGCUAUUGUUCGUACGGGCUCCAAGACAAGCUUUCCUAUGGAGUUGCACGCACGCUUCAGCCGACCUGGCAUGA